UCGCGUAGUACGGACUGUGUGAAACGGGUACAUCGACUGGUCAGUAGUUUAAACGUUUACUGUGCAACGAAACGUGCGUGUGACGCGUUUAUUACUUUCUGUGAUUCUUUAGAAGAGACUGUCAUUUUGGUUCGACAAUUAUUCGGGGUGAAAGAACAACCGAUUAUUAGUGUGAAAGACUUUGAUAAACUCUAGAAAUGAGAAAUCUUGUGGAGAAACAGCUGUCCUGGCUUGCCCUGCUUGUGACUACAUUCUACUCUCUGCUUGGCAGUUGUCGAAGCCAAUAUUGUGGACAUGAGAGAUUAAUGGAGUGUAGUAGGCCCUUCGAACGAACCAACGAUGAAUUCAAUUUACCAAUGAAAAAGGAGGAACUGCUAAAAAUGUGCUCAUACAUCGAAGAUAGCAUGAAGUGCAUGCAGACGUAUACGAUCGAUUGCUUGAAGGAAAAGGAAAGGGAAAGCUUUUAUCAAUACUUCGCCGGUGUUAACCAGGCGACUAUGGAACUCUGUCACGAUGGCCCUUACCAAGACGAAUUUCUGAAACUCACGCCGUGCCUGCAAUCGAUAGGACCCAUGAUGGAUCUCUGCAGCAAAAAGUACCAGAGAAUAAUCCAGAAUUUCGAAAAGCAAGUUACCACGUCGAAUACGAACAAAACCCUCAAAUGCGUUUGCUGUGGAUUCAAGGAGUACUUGGAGUGCUCGCAUCAUACGACUCGCCGACACUGUGGCGAUGACGCAGCUCGGUUUACAAAGGACUUCUUUGACAGAGUAUCGAGCCCGCUUCUUAGGGUGCCGUGCUCGCAUUACACCGAAGAGAUGUGCGAAAUCGGAAGCAGUGGCGCCAGCAUCUUUAGGGUGCAGACAAUGGUACCGGUGGUGUUGCUGCUUCUCGCGAGGUACUUCACGUAAGUGGUUAAGCACCACUCGUGGCCGGAAAAGGAGGACGAUUUCCGUGCACAACGAGCGCCGUGCUGAAACCGGGGCCCUCCGUUCGUUUUCCGCUUCCCAUUCGCCAAAGUAUUUUUUUUUUUUUCUUAUUUUCGAAAAGAAACCAAGAAGAGAAAAGGGCACGCGCGCGAGCGGAGUGUCGAGUAUCGAGAGGCAUGGAGGAGGAUAAGUGGAAUGAGACAGAAAAUUUGAGGGUGCGAGGUAAGCCAAGGGAGAACGCGAUCAAAGCAACGACACUGCGAGAAGAGAAGAAAGUUUGCCACCCACGUUCUUCCGUACGAAGUUCCUCUCUGCACUCGUGCGAGAAGUGUUUCUCUUUGACACGAAACUUGAGUCGCAUGAGGAAAACAAAAGGAAGAACGUGCUUUCAGAUACCGUGACGAGCUUAAUCAAGCAAUCAGAAGGCACCAACCAGAACACAAACGUGCCCGUUGAGCUUUUCGUUGGCCAGCUGCGGUUCGAUACCUGCGUCGAUGAAACCGAUCUCGGAUAAUCGCUAGUUACGGAAGGAUCACGUUGAAUCUGCAAACGGGCAAGUGUCAAGAAUAUGCAAGGAGAUCACGGAGAUGAAACUGCGAUCAACAGUUAAGACGUUCAAGACGUGUCGUGCUUUGGUUAGUUUGAGCUUUUAUUUAUGUACGCAGGAAUGCAACAGAUAAAAAAGAAAACAACGUAAUUUGGAAAAAGAGCGUUGCGUAUGCGAAGUUCGCUAAAAAGGGCCGUGAAUGGCAGUCAAAAUAAUUUAAUAAAAUCUUUAGUGCUUCAAUAUUAAUCAUCGUUAUUAAAGAGAAAGAAGAAAAUAAAAUAUUCUUGACAGUUCAAAGGAACAUUUUCUUCGAACUUGAGUGCAGAAGGUAUUCAACUUGCAAGUGAUAUGUGAUUUAUUAACGCAUGUAACGAACUCGAGUCAAUAUCAUGCAUUAUUGUCACAUUCGAACAAGGAAAAUUGAAGAUGAAAUUUUUUUGUUGAGAUGUCCAAAAAAAAAGAGAGCCUAAGUUACGGAGCAAAAGAAAAAGAAACAAGAGCGUUGAAUGCAUCUGUUGAUAGCGAAAAAGCCUUUGACCGAUCUUAAUUUCCCAUUUUUGGUUUUUAAUCGGAAGACCUUGGACUAUUACAAAGAGCUGAGUCUAUAGUUGCUUCAGAAAAUGCAGAAUUGCUUUAUCGAUUCGUAAGUUGAAAUCUGAAACUUCAGCAGACGGAAGAGUUACUUCAACUUCGGGAAGAACUGAAAGGAAAAACAAGAUGGGCGUAAGAGGCGGUUCUUUUUGAAGAUCGUACACAACCGACUGAAAACGUUUAAUUGGAAAAUGUCAUCAUUAGAGAUUUGGGCCUUCCAAUUUUCCACUUUGAUCUUCAUGAUUAGUUGAAAAGAAACUUGUGCAGAAAAUCAACUACAUUUUUAUAUUUAGAAUGUCAUUAGAUUUUCAGUCCACUAAAUUUAAAGAACAAAAAUAAUAGUAUAAAAAAGCAAAGAAAAUAUAAACAAAAUGCAUCUUGUUAAAAUAGUUCAAUUUCAUACGUAGAGAAUGAAACGUUUCUCAUGUCAUAUGUUUCGUUGACGAGGCUACUGGUAACUUCGUUUUCAGGCGAUAUAAUACACACGUCGAUAAUUAUGGAACUCAACAUGAGUCAAACAAAAUCCACAAACCAAGUUCGUAUCGUUAUAAUGAAUAAUCUAUUUUGUCUCGCUAUAAAAGUGGAGCGAACACUUCUUAUGACGAAUGUUCCACAAAACGUCGAACAAAUGUUCGAGGACAGGAAAACAGGAUCAGAGGAAGGAAGUUAGGGUGACGAAACUCUCCAAAAGUGAUUCAAGAUGGAAAAGAUAAAAAGAUGCAGCGAGCUGAUAGAUACACGAAGAAAAAUCAUUUUAUAUCUUCUUGUAUCGGAACUCCUUUCGAUUAGUAGAUCACAGGCUCGUGACAUAAAGAUAGCGAUGUUGUUAACAAUGUUAUUUGGAAGAUGCUAUCGUUGGGAUAAGUUUUUCACCUUUUUGGCAAAGCUGGAGUCGAUAUUUUUCUUACAAAGAAGAUAAAACACGUAAAAUACGAGAAGUCAGAUGUAAAUCCGUCUUGCGUCUUCCUGUUCCUCGAUUGCUUGUGCUGUCAUCGAGCGAGCAUGCUCAGUGUGGGAUAGUGAAGAAGUGGAAAGUGACGGCAACAAGGAACUACUAAUAGUCGUUAAUUGCAUGCAAAACUAUGUCUACAUAGUAUUUUCCGGAAAUUAUUUCUUUGAAAACAGUGUCGUGGCGCAAAAAUAUAAGUUUAUCGAAGACUGCUAGUCUAGUAUGUUGUUGCCAAAGGUAUCCCAUAGUUUCAAAUUUACAACAUUUUUGUAGAUUUGUCUCACGUUUCUUAAAAAUCUCGUUGUUGCGACAACGUAGAAUAUAUUGAUACUGCCAACGUCAGUUUAAGUACUUGUUCUUCCACGCUUUACAGUUUUACAAUUUCACGACGGUCUAUCGAACAGUAGAUUGCCAGAAGAAAAUCGUCCAAUUUAGGAACAAAGAAGACGUACUAUCCAUUUUUCGAUUCGAAGAAGGUAUUUAUUUCUUGAAGAGGAGAAUGUCGAAUUGAGUCCAUCGUUAAGCACAUCACGUUGUUUCGUACCAAGGCCACUGUUAAGAAAACAGAUAGUUGCAGGCGCUUGCUCCUGUCUUCGACUUUAUCGUUUGUCCAGAAAGUGGCGAGAGAAACGCCAGCGUCAAAAAGAAUUGUCACUUGGUUCUCUAUGCACUCCAUUGGAGAGUGCAUCGCACAUCGCAAGCGAACUGGAAACGAGGAAAAAGAAGCUUGUGGACCUCGCUGCGGCAAGAAGAGGAUGGUGUUCUUCCGUUACGUGUCUUGAGCGAUCACUGUAAGCAGAGAAAGAUAACAGGUCGAGUUCUUGAAGAGUCGAGUUUCGCGUUGAAAAGGAAUUACUUCCAGUGUGAUGGGUCAGUAAAAGUUGCAUCCAGAUAUCCGAGGUCUCGUGAAGUGGAGUUUCGCGAACUUGCGGAUACCUGCUGACUCGCUGCCAAAUUCUUAAUAGAAUAUUAAUCUGGUAACUACUUGGUUUAGCUAAACGAAUUUUCGUAUUAAUGAUCAUCAAGAACCAUAGCUCGAAGAUUAACGAUUAUUUUUUAAGAGAAAGUUACUUCGUUCCUGUAGAAGUCUGUGACAUACUCCUUUGUUAUUUACAUAGUACCUAAAAAUUUGAUAGUAUCAUCGACGAUUACUAAGAAGCAAAGAAUCGUGUUCGUUUCCUCGCUGUGUUGGAAUAAACCACUUAGAGAACAAAGAACGCAAAUAACAAAUCGGAUCCUUUUUAUAAUUGAGAGUGAUUCAUCGGCCAACUGCUUUGAAAGUACUUCGUAGCAUAAUAAAACAAGGAAAAGGAUAUAUUUAGAGAUUGGAGUAACUGGUCAUCUGAUUAAUUUAUUAAAGAUGAUAUUAUGUUAUUUGAAAAGUGGAAGAUUGAGAGGAAUUAUAGGUCGAAGAAUUUAUCAUCGAACCGUCUACCUAUGGGCAAAUAAAUAAUUCCUUCUUCUGAAGUACGUCUCGGAGAUGGCUCAAUUUAAUUUUGAACGAUCAAUUCUCAAACGCUGAGAAAGUGUUGUGAAAAAGGUGAAUUGAGGAAGGGGAAAAUGUCAGGACCCUCAGACGAAAAAAUGGAAAUUAUAAGAUCUAAAUGAAUUACCCGCUAAAGCAGGAAAGGAACGUGAUCUAUAAUUUGAAGAGCAGAUAGAAUAUUUAGUAUCGAGGAAGAUUUAGUAUCGUUUCCUGAACUACUCUCGUAAAUGCUGAGAGACCGAUAAUAUUCUAAACGACGAAAGAGACAGGAACGGACAUUGCAAUAGGAAAGGAGAGGAAAUGAAUCGGGUGUCAGCUGCUUCGACGAGGGUCUGAUUCUCGCGCAUGUUCCGUUUCUACGUCGGUCUGAAACGCGUUCUAAAUAGCAAGUAGCUUGCAAGCAGGGGAAAAUCACUUUCGUCGCGCGAUCGCGCGACAUGUGCUACUACACCCACGGAAAAAUCACAGACGGAAGAGGAUUUUGCUCUUUUGGUACGUACCGUUUCUAUUUUAACCGGAAACGCGGAUCUGUUUGUAACGUGAGAAAUAUUCUUGAUCUUUCGACAACCAUAUAUCUGCAAAGCGAUAUUUUGCUACAUACACGGUCUGUCCCAUUUCCGAUGAGACUGUUCAAAAUUAACAGCCGAUUGCAGCGCCAUCUAUUGAUUCAUCUAUUGAAUUUUGUAGACACAUCUUUCAUCUAUCUUCACCCCGAAUUUCGUAGCAUUUCCAUUGUUCUGUCAAUAGUUACGACAUUAUAACUAACCGUCCACUUUGUCAGUCUGUCGAAAAAUCGCUAUGGAGCAUGAUAAUGCGCCGUCGCACAAAGCCCUAAUUGUACGCGAGUUUUUGGCCAAAAAAAGCAUCAUAACGCUCGACCACCCGCCGUAUUCGCCUGAUCUAGCGCCGUGCGACUUCUGGCUAUUUCCUAAACUCAAAUUAGCGUUGAAGGGGAACACUUACAGUACGAUUCCUACCAUCCAGAAGGCUUCGACCAACAUCCUGAACGCUAUUCCGGCACCCGAGUACCAGACAUGCUUCGACAAAUUUUAUGAUCGGUUUCAACGCUGUAUUGACUCAGAGGGGGAUUAUUUCGAAUAAAUACGAUAGAAGAAAUGCACUGUAGAGCGUCUUCUUUUUUAUUUUUGAGCAGUCUCAUCGGAAAUGGGACAGACCGUGUAUAAUUCAACACAAUGUCCUCGGAUUAUUUGAAACAAUCUGCUGCAAUGACGUAAAAUAGUGAACCUAAGCUUUUUGUUAACUCUAAUUACUAAUAUACGUAUCUGUACGUGUAUUAUUUGGUGAUAAGAGAAACAAGACAGUAAGAACGAUAUAUUUCUUUCACAUUAUGGUCACAAGUUAGCUUUUUUCAGGAUAUAAACAAAAAUGUUGUUGCUUUUCUAGUUAUUUAUGCCUAUAUAUUUAUUUCUUUGUUUUGUAGUUAUUUAUCGUUAGUAAUUUUGGAUGUUCAAGAACAUUAUUGUAAACAGACGUUAUCGGAUAUGGUAAAUAUUAAAUAUUUAUAAGCACAUAUGAAUUUGCAAAUAAAUAUAGCUAAACUUAGUAAUACUUGUGGUGGUAUCGUUCCAGAGUUUCAAAUUUCCCGGAAAAUUGAACUCUUAAUGACUAUUUCCAACACAAUUACAUAGAAGGAUUGAGUGGUAUCUCCAACCUUCAAGACAUUUUGUCUUUAGAAAAACCGAUGAAUUAUAAUAAAUAUUGAACACGCUUAUACGUAGAUUUUUAGAGUUUUGACUUACAAAAUCGGACAUUAAAAUAUAUUAAAAUUUCAUACCAUUUUCUUACAAAUGUACACUUUAAAUCCGUGCAUAUAUAUUUCAAAUGUAAAUGAACUAUCGAAUACGUUUAAUUUGUUUAAUCAUACUUUAUUAAAACUUUUGCUAUACAUUUGCUCAGUAGAGUGAUACGUUUGUUUAAUUUUGCAAUAUAUUGUGUAGUAUUUCAAUUGUCAUCGUCGUUCAUUCAUUAAAUAACAAAAGAUAACGUCGACUGCAGUAAUUCUGAAUCUCUCAUAUCCCUGGGAAAACCUAUAACUUGAAAACGGUUGCAUACACUCAAUCUAAUUUCAUUCAUUUUGAUGUAAAUCUACAUUUAAAAAUGCAACUGUGUUAUUUUAAAUGGAAUUGUAUAAUUUUUAUUAUACUAUUCGAGACAGUUUUUUAAUAUUUAUACCGAAGCAUUAAG